AUGUUGAAGCUUUUUAUCCCACAAAAAAGAAUCAACCCACCAGGAUUUUCAACGUUUUCAUCUGUCUCUCAUUCCUCUUCUUCUUCAUUUAUUACGAAUCUGAUCACCUCAAUUGUCAACUCCAGAACCCCAAGCCAAGCUCUUCGAAUAUUCAACUCAGCAUCGAAUAAACUGGACGCUUCGAAGAAUUUCAAAGUACAUUCAGCCCUCAUUUGUUUUUUGACCAAUUCGAAAAAGUAUAUAGAUGCCAGGUGUUUGAUAAAAGGCCUGAUUGAACAUUUAGGAAAAUCCCGAAAGCCACACAGGGCUUGUUCUGCAGUUUUUAAUGGAUUUAGUCAGUUAGAGAGUGUAAUAUCUAGUCCUAAGGUGUAUGGUGUGUUGAUUCUUGCGUUGUGUGAAUUGGGGCAUGUCCAUGAGGCCUAUUGGGUGUACCGGAAGAUCAGGAGUUUGCCUGCGAUACAGGCUUGUAAUGCACUUUUGGAUGGGUUUUGUAAGAAGGAACAAUUUGAAUUGAUGUGGGAUGUUUACAAGGAUAUGGUCUCACAUGGUGGUGUGCCGAGUGUGGUCACUUAUGGUGUGCUAAUUGAUGCUGCUUGUAGUCAAGGUGAUCUUGCUAAGGCGAAAAUGCUAAUGGAUGAGAUGGUUGGCAAGGGGAUUGUACCCACUGUUGUGAUUUACACAACGCUAAUACGUGGUUUGUGUAGUGAGAGUGAGAUGGUGGAAGCAGAAAGCGUGUUUAAGAGAAUGAGGGAGAUUGGUGUGCUUCCUAAUUUGUACACCUAUAAUACUCUCAUGGAUGGGUAUGGUAAGGAGGCAAGUGUAGAAAAGGUCCUUUGGUUUUAUCAAGAAAUGUUGGAUCAGAAUCUGCUUCCAAAUGUGAUCACAUUUUGCAUCAUCAUUGAUGUGCUUUACAGGGUAGGACAGUUACAAACAGCAAGGAACUAUUUUGUCUGCAUGGUGAAGUUUGGUGUGGUUCCCAAUGUUUUCAUAUAUAAUUGCCUGAUUGACGGCAAUUAUAGAGUGUGCAACCUAUCUGCUGCACUAGACUAUUAUUAUGAGAUGGAAAAAUUUGGUAUUUCCCCUGAUGUUUAUACAUAUGGUAUACUUAUGAAGUGCUACUGUAGUAUGCAUAGAAUGGAAGAAGCAGAUGGGUUAUUAAAGAUAAUGAAGCACAGAGGGGUCCAUGCUAAUUCCGUGGUUUAUGGUACUCUAGUAGAUGGGUACUGUAAGGAAGGGAAUUUGGGGAAGGCUUUGGAAGUCUGCUCUCAAAUGACAGAAACGGGAGUAGAGCCUAGCCUUAUUACCUUCUCUACCUUGAUAGAUGGUUACUGCAAAAUAGGGAAUAUGGAGGCUGCCAUGGGGUUGUAUAAUGAGAUGGUGAUCAAAGGCUUUGUUCCUGAUGUUGUCACGUAUACGUCCUUGAUUGAUGGGCAUUUCAAAGAUGCAAAUUCAAAAGCAGCUCUUCGGCUAUACAAGGAUAUGACUGAAGCUGGUAUAUGUCCUAAUGUUUUUACUCUUAGCUGCCUAAUUAGAGGACUGUGCGAUGACGGAAAGCUCAAGGAUGCAAUGAAACUUUUCUUGGACAGAAAAAGGGCUGGAUCUUCUGGCGCUAAAGCAAAUCACAUAGAUACUGAAUGUUGCUCCCCUAACACUGUUAUGUAUUCUGCUCUAGUUCAUGGUUUAUGCAAAGAGGGAUACUUGUUCAAAGCUAGCAAGUUUUUCUCAGAUAUGCGGCGAGAGGGUCUAAAACCAGACAUUGUUACUUACUCUACCAUCCUCCAACGGCAUUUUGGAGAUGGGCAUGUGCUUGAAGCAAUGAUGCUCCAUGCUGAUAUGACGAAGAUGGGCACUAUACCAAAUGCUACCAUGUAUAAGCUCUUAAAUAAGGGUUAUCAAGAAAUUGGAUGUCAAAGUUCAGCUCUCAAAUGUCACGAAGAUUUAGAAAAUUUAAGUCUUGUCAAUCCUUAUAUAGACUCUUUGAAGAAAGAUAAUAUGCUGAGGCAGUCCAUCAAUGUGUGA